CGUCUCGGUAAAACGUCGCUCCACAACAGCCAAUCAGCAUACCCCACCGCAACCACGAUCGGAGCACCCAUUUGUCUCCCGCGAGACUUCGAACCCGCCUCUGCGCAACCCAUCAUCGUCAAUUGUGAGACGACCACAAUCGCCAUGGCGUCGCUGCGAAUCCAAGGAGCCGGCAAGCUGCUUCGAAGUGCCACUACGGCGCGUAUAAGCCUGCCUCUGUCAGCGCGGCGUUUCCAGAGCGCGGUCACGACCACGAACACGGUUCCCAGCGUCAACCAGCCUGACUACGACGCCCCAGCAGACAAGGCGACUUCAACUUUCUCUCCCGUGCCGAAGGCAGUUCAAGAUGGGAGCGAGGACAUCCUCCCCGCGGCCGUUAUUUCUGGCGCCCCUAUGGAGCUCCAGGCCCGAACGGUCCGAAUCUACAAGGAAGCGAAACCCGCAACUCAAUCCGGCGACUUCAGGGGGGAGCGCUGGCGAAUGGAUUGGGACAUUCUUCCGAAAGGCCAUCGAUGGGAGAACCCUUUGAUGGGAUGGCAAUCCUCCGCCGACUUCAUGCAGGGGACUCAUAUCAACUUCAAGUCCAAGGAAGAUGCUAUCCACUUCGCUGAGAAGCAGGGCUAUGAGUACUUUGUUCAAGAGCCAAACUCGCGCAAGUUCACGCCCAAAGCUUACGCGAACAACUUCCUUUACUCCCCCAAGAAGCUGAAGCAUAUCCGGACGAAAUAGAACACCAAGGAGACACGGAGUCCCGCUUUUGUACAUAGAUUCACUAAAGAAGAUGAUGCAAUGCUUGCCUUAUUUCCAUGC